AUGAUCUUGAUAAUUGUUUUUCCACAUACGGAUUCUAAUCUUCAAUUUCAUAAGCUCCUUCCAACUCAAUUUUAUUUAUUUCAAUUUAUUUAUUUAUUAACAAUGUCUGUUACAUCUCAUCGAACAAGACUAAAAUCACGCUAUGUAUUAUCUUUAUUAGUUGGACUAUCACUUGGUCUUGUAUUUAGUUUAGCUUGUUUACCAUUAAUAUCUGUUUGUGAUACUCAUUUAUCAUUUAUACCAAAAACACUUCAAAAUAAUCAUUUAAGUCUACAUUUAAGAACUGUUCGUUCAACUGUUGAUGGAAAAUUUGAAAAAAAAUUAGUAGACUAUGGUAAUCAAGAUUAUGAGCCAAUUAUUCAUUCACCAAAUCGUUCAAAAUCUAUAAUAUCAUCAACUGUAACAAUGAAUAAAUCAAAAAUAACACGUCCAAGAUAUAUUGCCGAUGAAUUAGGAAUUAAAGAUAAAGUACUUGUAGCUGUUCUAAGUGAAAUAGGACAUUUAAAUACGUUUGCCUAUUUUCUAAAUCAAAGUUUAGCAUCACACGUUAACAAAAUAUUAUUUUUUGUUGAUGAUGAUAUACAAGAAUUUCCACGAGGCAUGACUGUUGUAGCUAUACAUGAUAAAAGAAAAUAUUUAAAACCAUUUUAUGUAUUAAAAUAUUUAGCAGAAAAAUUAAUUAAAAAUUAUGAUUGGUUUCUAAUUGUACCAGAUAAUACAUUUAUUAGAGGUUACAAAUUAAUUGAAUUUUUAAAUCGUAUUAGUAUUUCACAAGAUCUUUAUAUGGGACAAUCAUAUGACGAUGUUCAUGCUGUCUAUUGUUAUUAUGGUUCGGGCAUUAUUCUAUCUGGCACAGUUUUACAUAAGAUUCUUGAUGAAUUGGAUUGGUGUACAAAUAAUGCUUAUUCACAAGAUUUAACAGAUAAUAUUGGACGAUGUAUUUUGAAAUCAGCUAAAUUACCAUGUUCAAAUACUGCUAGUAAUCAAAAUUAUAGUGCUUAUGUAGAUUAUAGAUUUGAUUUUGAUUCAGAUAUUGAUAAAUUAUCAAAAAGUGAAGACUUUAAUAAAACAUUGACUGUACAUCCUGUGAAUGAUUUGGAAACAAUGUUAAAAUUACAAAUGUAUUUCAAUCAUGUUGAAAUUGCUGAAAUUAAACAAGAUAUAAUUAAACAUGAACAAAAUAUUGAACAAUUAUCAUGUUAUGCACCAGAAGGCUGUAAUGAAAUUCCCUGGCCCGUUGGUGUACCACCACCAUUUCGACCAUCAACAAGAUUUGAUGUAUUAAGAUGGGAUUAUUUUAAUGAAACACAUAUUUAUUUAGAAACUGAUAAUGAUGUUGUAGGAAUAAUGAAACAGGAUUAUCAUGAUGAUGUACAGGAAAUAAUUAAUUAUUCAAUAUCACAAAUGCAAAGGAUAUAUGGUUCAAGUUUAAAAUAUCAACAUCUUCUCAAUGGAUAUCGUCAGUUUGAUCCAACGAGAGGAACGCAUUAUAUUCUAGAUUUACAAAUGUUAGAUGAAAAUAAGAAUGAAAUAAUAAAACGUGCAGAAUUAAUGCUCACCUAUUUAUCAUUUAUAUCUAGACAUGUAUUUUCCAAACAAUUCAUAUUAGGUCUUGUUGAAAUUAUUACAAUGCCAUUUGUUACAGAUAAUACUAAAAUAUUUCUUAUAUUACCAUUAUUUCAUGAUGAUCAACAGCAGACAAUUAAAUUUUUAAAACAUUGUAAUCAAACAUUAUUUGAUAAAGAAUCACGAGAUAAAUUAGAAAUUCUCUUAACACAUAUUGUUACAACAAAAAUAGAAUUACAACAAACACAAAAAUGGUUUGAACCAAUUCGAAAAGAAGUUGAACUUUUACGUCAUACACGUGUACAAUUAUCUAUUACAUAUCAUACAUUAUUUUUAUCAGGAAAAUAUUAUAAUCAAUUUAUUCUUAUUGAUUAUUUUCAAGUAAAAUUACGAAAAAAUGCAUUAAUAUUUAUUACUACACCCUAUGUUGAUAUUGAAUCAGAUUUUUUAAAUCGUUGUCGUUUAAAUGUUAUUGAUAGUAUUCAAGUAUUUUUUCCUAUUGGUUUCUAUCAAUAUUAUCCAAAUAUAAUUAGUCGAACAAAUAAUGUUUCACAACAAACAAUUGAAUUACAUAAAAAUCAUGGUUGGUUUAAUUCAUAUUCAUAUGAUAAUGCAGCAUUUUAUAUGAACGAUUAUAUAAAUGCAAAAUAUUUACUUCGUUUAUCUAAUAAUACCGAUUUAUUUGAUCUAUUUCAUCAUACAGAUAUGCAUAUACUACGCGGACCAGAUCAAUCAUUGAGACAUCACUAUAAAAAUUAUAAAUGUGAUCAAAUUAAACAAACACAAGAUGAAUUUGGACGAUGUCUGAUACAACGAGAGAAAGGAAUAGCAUCUCGAUCACAAUUGGCAAUGGUUAUCGCUGACGAAGAAGAAAAACAAGCAAAACGUUUAAAAUCAACCACAAAAGUAAAAAAAGUGAAAAAAUAA